UUUUGAAAUUUUUACAAUUGAAACAUCCGGUUUCUUCCAAAUCCUUCCUCUCUUUACUGUGAACUGCCUUAUCUCUGCCUUUCUGAAAUUUAGCAAGUGAAGAAGUAGAAGCAAAGCAAGUGCAUAUGCUGAACCCACAAGCAGACAAGUUGGUGAGAAGAACAACGAUGGUGGCCACUGCAGUUGCCUCUUAUUUUCUCUUAACUGCUGAUUAUGGCCCCGAACCCAACGCCCUUGACCCUAUAAAAGAGGCAAUACUAUCUGCAGAAAGCUUGGUGAAGGGGUUCAUCUUUGGAUCAAUGAAAAAAACUCAAGAAACCCAGACGGAAGAGCUGAGCUCCGGUGGUGGCAAGGGACAUCCUUAGGUUAUACAUGACUGUAUUGACUUUUUAAGUAGGUUUCUAUGGCUGAUGUGGAUAUAUAGAAGUUGUAAUGUCAGACCAAGUUCCUUUUUUCAUUUUUAUAUUUUGUGGAAGGAAACAUUUAGGAUUGUUUACAUCUUGCUGAAAUAAUGUAUGUUGGUGUUUUUUGACUUUGGUA